AUGGAAGCGUGGUUAAUCAAACAAGUAACUCCUCUUUUUAUUUUUGCGACAUCACUCGAUGAAAAAUAUCAAACCGAUUCACACGAAACAUUUCAAUCACAUUUUGACAAAGUUUUCACUUCCGUUAAAAACAAAGAAAUCCGACUUUUUGCGGAUUUGUUUUACGCACUUUCAAUCCCUCUGCCAAAAAGUGAAAUUGACAAUUUCAAAAAUUUGAUUUUGACGUUAGACCUUCCGGAUCUCGCAAAGAUCUCGGAAUUCUCAAAUUUCUUCACUCAACUUGCGCUUCUUGAUCCCGAAGACAAAUUAGCCGCCGAGAAGUAUCUGUGUCACAUCAACCCAACUCGAAAUCCUCGAGAAAUUCGAAAAAUCGCGGAAAUCUCGUUUCGACUCGGAGACCCCAAUCUCGUCGUAUUCAAUGACAUCGUCGACAAAGUUCUUAUCGAAAAACCAUCACAACACGUCAUCGAGAAAUUUGGGGGCGACGGGUUCGCAAUAUUCACCGGAGAGGACGAGUCGGGAAGAUGGAGAAGCGAUGGAAAUAUCGAAAUCGACUUCGAAAAAAACGAAAAAGUCGAUUUUGUCAAAAAAAAAGAAAAAGAAGAAAAAAAAGUGGAAAAUUUAAAAAGCGAAAAAACGCCAAAACUACAAAGUUCGGAAGAGGAAAAAAAAUCACCAAAAAAAGUUACAAGAAAAUCAGACGAAAUAAACGAAAAACAUAAGAGGCGGAACGAGAUCGAGAAAAUGAAAGAAAAUGAGAUAAACACACUACAGCCACAAAGACUCCAAGUUAUUUCCAAGUCAAUCACAGCAAAAAUUGAGAAGGGGUGGCGGAUCGAGAACACAGAAGAGGCGAAAAUUUAUUUGCAAAGAGCAAGAGAAAUAAUCUCUUCCUUGUAA